AUGUCAGGUGUAUCUCUUGCCGUGGCUCCUAGAUCGGAGCCCGACACAACCACCACAACCCCAGGAUCCAAACCCCAACAGAAACCGCUCCGCCGCCAACAGCACCAGCAGCCUGCAGUAGGCGGUGUAAUGGGCUCUCUGCGAGUAAUAGAGCUCCAACUCGUGGCCUUCAUCAUGGUUUUCUCGGCCAGUGGCCUUGUCCCGCUUUUUGAUUUGAUCUUCCCGGCUUUUGCCACCGUAUACCUUUUAGCCCUGUCACGUUUGGCGUUCCCUUCCCACGGCGCUGUCAGCACUGGUUCACAGGAGAUUUUCCAUGGCAGCAGAUUCUUCAGGUUCUAUGUGAUUGUGGGAACCACAGUUGGGCUCUUCUUGCCGCUUGCAUACGUGUUGGGUGGCUUUGCGAGGGGCGAUGAGCACGCUGUCCGCUCUGCAACGCCUCACUUGUUCUUGCUCUCGUGUCAGAUUCUGACUGAGAAUGUGAUUAGCGGGUUGUCACUGUUUUCAGCGCCGGUGAGGGCAUUGGUCCCAUUGCUUUACACUGUCAGGAGGAUCUUUGUCGUCCUUGAUUGGAUGAAAGAUGUUUGGCUUAACAAAACUCUGCCUGCCAAUGCACAGUUUAAGGAUGUUGCAUGGUUUUGGUUUGGGAGAAGCCUGGCUGUAGCCAAUUUCUUAUAUUUCUCGAUCAACCUGUUCGGAUUUUUGAUCCCUCGAUUCCUUCCGAGGGCGUUUGAGAGGUACUUCAGGGAGAGGGAUGAAGUUGGGGCCAAGAUGGUAGAGGACAAGCGCUCCGCCGCAGCAAAUAAGCCGGAACCAUUUGCAAAUAAGAAAAGUGAUUGAUUUCGGGUUUGGUGCCAUAUAUAUUAUAUACUACGAUGUUCGGUUUUCCUUAACAUCAGGAGCGGGAGUGCUGGCAGAACGGCCGUUCGGGUCUAAAAUAAUUGGAGGCAUCAACAUUAUUAGAAUAGUAUAUUUAUAUAUGUUUUUAUAAGAGUAUAAAUUUAUAAAAUU